AUGGCAUCCUCCUCCUCAAGUGGCGGUGGUGAUAUACCAACCUUAGACACCAAAUACUCGGGCGUACCCACCCGACUCAGCAAAGAAGCCGUUGACGCCAAAGUGCGGCUGUAUUCACAGAAAACGCUUCCUGACAGCGUGGGACGAAGAAGGACUGCCCUGCCACCGGGAGUAUCGCGCGACCAGUUCGACGCUGCGCUCUCCGAGCUGAAACAUGCGUUGGGCAACGCGAAUGUCGAGGUCAAUGACAAGCCCUUGGUGGACGGGUGGUAUAUGGAACAUCCAAACACCCACGACGCAUACCACAUAGUCGACCAAGAAGAACUAAUCUGCAGCGCGGUGGUCUACCCCUGCAGCACGGAGGAAGUGCAGACGAUCGUACGAUGGGCCAACAAGCACAAGAUCCCCAUCUAUCCGAUCUCCAUGGGCCGCAACAUCGGCUACGGUGGCGCCGCGCCGCGUGUGCCCGGAUCAGUGGUUUUGGAUCUCGGCCGGCGGAUGAAUCAGAUUUUGAAUCUAGACGCGGACAAUGCGUCGUGCAUCGUCGAACCGGGAGUCUCGUACUUUGCACUGUACGAAGAGAUCCAGCGCCGGAAGCUACCUUUGUGGAUCGACUGUCCAGAUCUAGGGGGUGGAAGUGUUUUGGGCAACGCAAUCGAUCGUGGUGUAGGGUAUACCCCAUACGGCGACCAUUUCGCCAACCACUGCGGAAUGGAAUUAGUCCUACCGACAGGCGAGCUUCUCCGAACCGGAAUGGGCGCGAUGCCCGGCAAAGACGGGGCCGACAAUCCGACAUGGCAAUCCUUCCAAGCCGCCUACGGGCCCUAUAUAGACGGGAUCUUCAGCCAAAGCAACUACGGGAUCAUCACCAAAAUGGGGUUCUGGCUAAUGCCCGAAACAGGGCACCAGUCAUACAUGAUCACAUUUCCCCGAGAAGAGGACUUUGAACAAAUCGUCGAGAUCAUCCGACCAUUAGCACAAAAGCGAAUCCUAGGCAACAUCCCACAACUACGGCACGUCAUCCAAGAACUCGCCGUGACGGGAAAACCACGAUCAUUCUGGUACGACGGACCAGGGCCUAUGCCGAGAUCAGUGAUUCGCGAAAAAGCAUCCACUUUGCCCUGCGGCGACGUGUCGUGGGUCUUUUACGGCACCCAGUACGGCGACAGUGCAUCGAUCCAAGCCCAAUUGAAAAUCAUACGACAAUCGUUCUCGCGCAUCCAGGGAAGUAAACUAUUGUUUCCCCAAGAUGUCCCACCCGACCAUUACCUCCAUUCACGGGUCCAAGUGUGCAGUGGAGUCCCCGUCCUGCGCGAGCUAGACUGGUUGAACUGGCAGCCCAACGCGGCCCAUCUGUUCUUCUCGCCCAUCUCGCCCACAAAGGGCAAAGACGCCGCGUUGAUUCAUUCCAUCAUCACCCGUCUACAUGCCCGGUACAACUUUGACGUUUUCCCCACCAUGUGCGUCGCGGGUCGCGAGAUGCAUUAUAUUGCCAAUAUCGUCUAUGAUCGCGCCGACCGGGAUGCCAAAAGGCGUGCUACGAAUCUCAUGCGUGAUAUGAUUCGCGAGUGUGCGAAACAUGGGUAUGGAGAGUAUCGUACGCAUUUGCUGUUUGCAGACCAGGUCGCCCAGACUUAUAGUUGGAAUAAUGGCGCCCUGGGCAAGUUUAACGAGACUAUCAAGGACGCUUUGGACCCAAACAGUAUCCUGGCGCCGGGAAGGAACGGGAUCUGGGGUCGCAGGUUUAAAGGGAAAGGGUGGGAGAUCUUGGAUGGCGAUACGAGGAAUAUGUUGACUGAUGGGGUGAGUCCGAAGUUGUAA